GUCGUCUUCCUCGCAGAGUCGCAGCCAAUUUGCAGACUCGCAAAAUUUCUUCCGGUUCAGAAGCGUCCAGAUCUGGCGCGCCUUGCUCCUCUUCGCUCCGCCUGACCACGCCUCCUCACGCCUUCCCCGCGCUAAACGUGCAACUCGCGAAACAGCCGACAGCCUCGGGCGAUUUCAUGCCUGCUCGCUCCGACGCGGUCGCCGACGCUCGCGAAGGCAUGCCUUUGAAAACACUGGGUGGAGAAAUAGAAAAAAUUUAGAAUAAGCUCUGAGAUAAAGGCUGAAAAUGAGUGCUGAAGCUUUGCAAGUUGCUAAGGUGUACCGCCACCUUCUCAGAGCUGUAAAGAAACACGUUGCCAAAGAAGACAGGGCGAGGCAUUUCAAAGAAUACGUAACUGAAGAAUUCAGGAACAACUGCAAACUGUCAGAUCCAUCUUCCAUUCAGCAGAAGAUUAAGCUUGCCCAUAACUACACUUUUCUUCUUAACAGUGUGCACCAUCACCAGGACCUAUUGUUCUCUUACAACAUUGCUGUGGAUAGAUCAGAUGAGAUGAAAAAAGUACUUGGAAAAUCUGCUGCAAGUGUUGGUCUUCAACUUCCUGAGGUUUAUCAGCCUUGAUAUUUGGUUGGGUAUAAUCUGCUA